AUGAAGAAAAUACUUAUUUAUCAAAACACACCGGCUCCCCGGCGCCAUCACCAUCGCCCAAGCCCGGAGGACCAGACCACCACCGCCACCACCACCCCCACCCAACCCUCCUCAUCACGCUCCCUCUCCUCGCCCCCCGUCCUAGGGGCAGUCGACCGCCAGGUCGAGGUUCUCAACGGCCCAGACAAUCUGAGCUACAACCCAUGGGUCGUCGAGAACCCCGACCUCGAGCAGGGACUGCCCUCGGCUAGGAGGGGAGCGAGUCCUGAGAGGGAGGACGUGCCAAUUGAUGAGGAGGGGGCACUAUACGUGGGGGUGGAGAGUUGGCGGGCUGGUCUGGUCGUCUUGGGUUGGGCAAUGGUGGUGGUGACCGGUUGUAUCAUUACCAUCAUUAUCAAACUCCUUCGUUUUGGAGAAUAG